AGUCAGAAAGUCUCCGGAGCUGGCGCCCGGCUCUUCUCGGCGCUCUGCACUUAGGCGCAGGUGUUAGAAGCGAGUCGCGGGGCGAGCGCUGUUGCCGGGCGGCCAGAGUCAGCAGGGAUGAACCUCGAGUUGCUCGAGUCCUUUGGGCAGAACUAUCCAGAGGAAGCUGAUGGGACUUUGGAUUGUAUCAGCAUGGCCCUGACGUGCACCUUUAACAGGUGGGGCACACUGCUCGCAGUUGGCUGUAACGAUGGCCGAAUUGUCAUCUGGGAUUUCUUGACGAGAGGCAUUGCUAAAAUAAUUAGUGCACACAUCCAUCCAGUCUGUUCCUUAUGCUGGAGUCGAGAUGGUCAUAAGCUCGUCAGUGCUUCCACCGAUAAUAUAGUGUCACAGUGGGAUGUUCUUUCAGGCGACUGCGACCAGAGGUUCCGAUUCCCUUCACCCAUCUUAAAAGUCCAGUAUCAUCCACGAGAUCAGAACAAGGUUCUCGUGUGUCCCAUGAAAUCUGCUCCUGUCAUGUUGACCCUUUCAGAUUCCAAACAUGUCGUUCUGCCGGUAGACGAUGACUCCGAUUUGAACGUGGUGGCAUCUUUUGAUAGGCGAGGAGAAUAUAUCUAUACAGGAAAUGCCAAAGGCAAGAUUUUGGUCUUAAAAACAGAUUCUCAAGACCUUGUUGCUUCCUUCAGAGUAACCACUGGAACAAGCAAUACCACAGCCAUAAAGUCAAUUGAGUUUGCCCGGAAGGGGAGUUGCUUUUUAAUUAACACAGCAGAUCGAAUAAUCAGAGUUUAUGAUGGCAGAGAAAUCUUAACCUGUGGAAGAGAUGGGGAGCCCGAACCCAUGCAGAAAUUGCAGGACUUGGUGAACAGGACCCCGUGGAAGAAGUGUUGUUUCUCUGGGGAUGGGGAAUACAUCGUGGCGGGUUCUGCCCGGCAGCAUGCCCUGUACAUCUGGGAGAAGAGCAUCGGCAACCUGGUGAAGAUUCUCCAUGGCACGCGAGGAGAACUUCUCUUGGAUGUGGCUUGGCAUCCUGUUCGACCCAUCAUAGCAUCCAUUUCUAGUGGAGUGGUAUCUAUCUGGGCACAAAAUCAAGUCGAAAAUUGGAGUGCAUUUGCACCAGAUUUCAAAGAGUUGGAUGAAAAUGUAGAGUACGAGGAAAGGGAAUCAGAGUUUGAUAUUGAAGAUGAAGACAAGAGUGAACCUGAACAGACAGGGGCUGAUGCUGCAGAAGACGAGGAGGUGGAUGUCACCAGUGUGGACCCCAUCGCUGCCUUCUGUAGCAGUGAUGAAGAGCUGGAAGAUUCAAAGGCUCUGUUGUAUUUACCCAUUGCCCCUGAGGUAGAAGACCCAGAGGAAAAUCCUUAUGGCCCCCCACCGGAUGCAGUCCAAACCUCCUUGAUGGACGAAGGGGCUAGUUCAGAGAAGAAGAGGCAGUCUUCAGCUGAUGGGUCCCAGCCUCCCAAGAAGAAGCCCAAAACAACCAACAUCGAACUUCAAGGAGUCCCAAACGACGAAGUCCAUCCACUACUGGGUGUGAAGGGGGAUGGCAAAUCCAAGAAGAAGCAAGCAGGCCGGCCUAAAGGAUCAAAAGGUAAAGAGAAAGAUUCUCCAUUUAAACCGAAACUCUACAAAGGGGACAGAGGUUUACCUCUGGAAGGAUCAGCGAAGGGUAAAGUGCAGGCGGAGCUCAGCCAGCCCUUGCCAGCAGGAGGAGCAAUCUCAGAACUAUUGUGAAGACCCUGAAGUUCUUCGUGCUUGCCCCCUUUGCCAUCAUGUGGCCUCUGGACAGUGUGGUCAGUCAUUUGAGAUUGACUUUAAUUUAAAACAAAGGCCUCUGCCACCCAUCCUGGAGGUGGAAGGAGCGCGUUUAUGUUUGAAUGAAGAAGUGAAUUAUGGAAGAAUAUAUGUCCCCUACCUUCCCUUUCAAGCGUAAGUCCAAAUAGGCUCUCAGGAAUGAGGAUUUGUGAAGACAUCAAAUAGGGGUUUUUGUGUCAUUUAAACCGUAAGGCUUAGUUGUGUUGCUGGAGAAGAGACACCUGCGUUUUGCUCAUCCAGCUGUGUUGUGCCCAGCAGCCUUCUGACAUGUCACUUUCUAUCUCCUGUUUGCUUUCUGUCCUCAGUGCAUGUCCCCAGGUGACUUGUCCUUAUCUGAGGUUUUGCAGCCUAGGAGAACGUGGUUCGCAUAUUCUCCUUCAUUUAUAACUUACUCUCUCCCCGGGCACCUCCUGCAUUUCCUACUGGGUACAAAGGAUGGGCAGGAAAGAAAAAUGCUUGAAAGAUUAACAUUUUUGGAAAGGGAAGAUAAAGGAGGCAGCCGCUCCUCCCACUCCUACCACACCCCAUUCUUCUCCAGAAGAUGGGCAGUAAGCGAUUCAGGGUUUUUCCUUGUUCAUUGCAUGUUUUCUUCAAGUAUCAGUUCAUCCUCAUUAAUCAUGGUUUUUGAAGAUAGCUAAUUUUACCCAUCUCUAGCAAAGAAUCAUCAGUAGUUGAUAUUGUUUUUCUGUGCUGGCUUCUGGAGAUGGAAACAAACCAAGGUAUUUCUCAGCAAACUUUUUUAUUGGGGUGGGGGAGUCUAUGCAAGGACUAAAGUAGAGCCAUCCAGAAUCAAAGCAGCAGCAGCAGAGUUCACAUCCAAGACCAAGGUGUGUAGUUUACCACUGCCUGUGGAAAUCUGUCCCCACCUGUCAUUGCGUCUCCCCUGCCCAUGUCCACGCCCCUUUUUCUCGCUGUGUUUUCAGUCACUUCCUUUCUGUGAAAGGUUGCUUAGCUUCCUGUCCCCUUUGCUGUUCUUUAUAUAAAAAGUAGCAGAUUGGAUGGAUGUGUAUAUUAGGUGUUUGGAAUUUUCUGAGAAUCCGAGUCAGGAAGCCAGGUCUGGAAAGGGCUCAGUAGCCUCGCUGCGUGGGGCUUUCAGCCGAGCAGGAAAUGCAUCCGCUGGAGCGAGGGAGACUUCAGAUCCUGGGCUAAUCGUGAAAUCCCUGUCCGUUGGUGGAUGCUGCUGUAGGUAGCCAAACAUGUUGAUUGCUGUGUAGACUUUAGGAUAGAAAUCAGAGUAGAACACAUCAUAGGAGCCUCCUUGUCCCGUCCCAUCUUUUAGAGCCAGGAUAUUCAGUAACAAGAAAGAGCACUCCCUCAGUUGCAAAAUGCCUGUUUUCAGUUGCGCUACUUUCUCCUUGACUGCUCAUUUUGUGAAUUUCCUCCAAGUUAGACGACUGGUUGAAUUGGUAGGUGGCUCACUAGACAUGUUUCUCUCUCGCAGACUAAUUCAUAUCCAUUCCAGUUCCCCCUGUGCUGUGCACUGCAGUAGUGUGCACACUGCGGGGUGCCAGGGUUUCUGCCUUAUUUCCAUGUGGGAAGUAGCUUGGUUUCCUCUACCUGGCAUUUAGAUGUCUAAGCUCUGUUACUUCCUAACUGGCUCCUGAGUAAGUCAGCUUACGCCCUGUCACAUUGCCUCCGGGAGCAGCUCCUGACAGUUCACAAUGCUUUGGGAAUGUGUUUCUGGUUCCUAAGGCCGUCUGUCCACUUCAGUUUGAGUUUCUUGAUUUGUACAAUAUCUGUAUAUUUUCUUCUUCCCGUCUGUCAUCCCCCCCCCCCCCCCCGACCCUGCUCAACACCGUUUUGUUUUUUAAAAUGUUCUGUAGUUUUGUACAAGAUGAGACAUAGCCUUGGGUACUUCUUGCUGAAGCUUUAAUGCUUUGUAAAUAAAAUCGGAUGUUUAUUAAAGAACAAGU